UUUCUGUCUGUCUGCGCCUGCGUACAAACAAACGAAUGGAAGCAAUGUGUGAUGGAAAUAGAAAGUUAAGAGAGGAUGUCCGUCAGAAACAACAACAACGACAACUACGAAAACAGCACUGACACUAACGAGCAGCUUCUAAAAAAGAGAUUUUUCGCUAACGAUCGCAGCUGCAGGUCACUGCUGUCUGCGCCUGCGUCUGUCUGAAGCAGUGCACGGAACCAUGAGUCUGGCUCUCCAUGAUCUCCUUGUCUGCUGCAGAGGGCUGGAAAAUGAUAAAGCAACAGAGAGAAAGAAAGAAGCUGAUCGCUUCAGAAGGCUCCUUCGAGCUCCAGAAGUUGUGCAGGAGUUGGAUCGUUCCUCGGGACCUAAUUCUAAAUCUUCCAAGCAGCUCACAUGGGAUGCUGUGUUCAGAUUUCUGCAGCGUUAUGUGCAGAAGGAGACAGAAAGCAUGCAGUCUAGCAAAGCGGUCGCAGCAACGUCGCUGGCCACACGCAAGAAGAAGAUGGCCCAAAUGUGCAGUUUAAUCAAAUACUUCAUUCGCUAUGCAAACAAACGUGGCCCCCGGCUGAAGUGCAGUGAGCUGCUGAGGCACGUCAUGGAAGUGCUGCGGGGCUCGUACAGCUGCUCGGCCUACGGAGAGUAUUACAGCAGCCUCCUAGUAAAGGACAUCCUCUCAGUUCGCAAGUACUGGUGUGACAUCACUCCACAGCAGUGGCACGGCCUUUUGGACUUGUACUGUGACAUGUUCAACUCCUCGUCCAAAUCCAUCAACUGUGUUUUGCUGAGCCAAGUCAUCCACAUGGUGGUGCAGGGCUGUUGCACACAGACAGAUGGAUUUAACAACACUCUGUUCAGCUUCUUCACCAAAGCACUUUUAAAUGCCAGGCAGGAGAAGCACUUGAGUGUUUUGAAGCACCUUAUCUCGGCGCUCAACAUUUUCCUGAGAUCUUCAGCCAUGAACUGUAGGAUGAGGAUCUGUUCCCUGGGAGAGGAGCUCGUACCUUCCAUGCUGUACAUGUGGGCAGAUAUGAGGCCCAGUGCUGCCCUUAAAGACGAGAUCGUUGACUUCUUCAACCUGCAGAUUUGUGUUCACCACCCGAAAGGAGCCAAAACUCAAGAUACAGGUGCAUACGCUGAAGACUGGACAAAGUGGCGAAGUCAGCUGUUCAACCUGUACGAUGCCUUGGUCAGGGAGAUCAGUCAGAUAGGCAGCAGGGGGAAGUAUCUCACUGGGACCAGACACAUAGCUGUGAAAGACAAUCUCAUUGAGCUCACCGCUGACAUCUGUCAUCAGCUAUUCGAUGACAGCAGUGACUCCCACAUCCUGGAGGUCACACAGGUCACUGUCAAAGCCACACAGAAGGACAGUCCCAUGCACGGAGCAGCGAGCAAGCGCCGUCGCAUCGAACUGGGCUGGGGGGUUCUACGAGACCGACUGCAGCCUCAACACAGUGAUUUUGAUGUCAUACCGUGGUUGCAGAUCACUGCAGUGCUCCUUGGCAAGUACCCGUCCAUGGUGCCCAGUGCUGAGCUGGUCCCACUGCUCUCUGUGUUGUACCAGCUCCUUGCAGAGCAGCGAAGAGGAGAGAGAGGCCCGUAUGUGCUGCGCUGUCUUAAGGAGUUAGCACGGUGCCAGACCCGGUUCCUGCAGAGAGCCCAGAUUCACUCGGCUGAGUUGGGAAGGCUGUGGGGUCGGGUGUGGGCCCUCGCACUGAGAGGGGUCAGCUCACCUCAGAUGGAAACGUUCAGUCUGGACCUGCUGGCCUCCAUCGUCAGUGGUGGACUAAUUAAUAUAGACAGAGAAUUCUGGAAGCUUUUCUCAGCAUCUGUUUGCAAAUUGUCACAGAGCACUGUUGUGUGUCUGGGCCAGGCCCUACUAAAGUGUCAGGUUCCAAAAGGUCCAGUCCUAAGAUCUGGCUUGGACUUAGUGGGGACGGCAGAUGGAUCUGGAUCAUCCAAUCUGAAAGAGACUCUUAUAGCCUGGCUGCUGAUGAGUGACCAGAGUGAUGAGAUGGAAGAGAGCUCCAAACCUCAUCCUGUCAUUUCCAGAGACUUUGACUUCACAUUAAUAUCACAUAUCUUGGUCUCCGUAACCCUGAAAGACACCAAAGCCGGCCUUAAGUUUUUGCAGAGUGAUAAAGGAGAGGAGAGCGCCCUUUUUCAUGAAAAGUCCACACUGGAUGCCAAAGACAACCUGGAAGACAUCCAAAGGCUGUAUUUACAGUGUAGUUUCAACAAGCUUCCACCAGAGGUGCCGGUGAACAAACAGGCACCAGAGCCGCCAUCAGCAGGCGGGCAGUUCACCGUGGUCUCCAGUCUGAAGAAGAAGUUGGAGCAGUCGCUGCUGUGUGUGGCUGACACUUUGCUCAACUGCUACUCCCCUGAUUCUCUGUCGCCCUCUCCUGACUGUCUGGUGCGCUGCAUGAGUCUGCUGACGGGUGUUCUGGCAGGUUACGUAUCUGUGGGGGUUCUGAAGGAGGAGGAGGCGUGUCACUCACAGCUCCUGACUAAAGCAAAGGCUGUUGCCCAGGAUUUAACUGGGUUUCUUUCAAGUGUGAAAGUUAAGAUGAGUGAGGACUCGACGAUGGCUGCUCUCAGGUCUGUCAUGAGACUCUGCACACAGUCAGCCAGCAGGGAGAGUAAGGGAGCUUCUUCCACCUCCUCUAGUCUGUUCACUACGACUCUACCAGCCGGUCUCCUCAGUGAACUGUCAGAGAUCUGCAAACUGCUUCUGAGUGAUGUUUCCAAGAAAACAGUUGUUUUGGAUGAAGAUGAUCCAGUGGACGAGGACAUGGAUGUGAGACGGACUCACCCAGGGGAUGAUGUUGACCUCUUUGAGGAUGAGGACGAGCCUCAGAGCAGCAGCAGUACCAACGGGAGCCGUGGAGGCAAAGGAGACAACGUAGAUGCUUCCUGUGGACCUGGAUCUGAAAGCCUCUUAGCAGAAAAUCACCUGGCCCAGCAGGACAUGGCUCUCCUGGCUGUCUUGAACUUCCUCUGUGAGUGUGGUUCUGGUCAAGAUCCACGUGGUGCGCUGUUCAAAACCCAGGAGGUGCGGCGAAAGCUACUGCUACUCUUGGAACAGACCGACUUCAGCAAACCGUUGCACUUCAACAUGUACCUUGUACUUCUUAAGAAACUUCCUGCAGAAGACUCUCUCUCUCCAGAGGAGUUUGAUUUGCUGCUCCGUCCUUUGGGAGACCUGUGUGGUCUGUACCAUCAGGACCAGAAGGUCUCUGCUGCUGUUCUGCUGACUCUGCUGCCCUGCAUCAGGAUCCUGGGUAAAACCCGCUACACGCCUGAGGAAAUGAGACACGUUCAGGGAUCACUGCUGCAAAUGUUGUCUGGAUUCUGUUGCUUGAGCCAGAAAGGGAAAUGCACAGCUGAGGUGCGGGCCGCUCUAGUUCACUGUCUGGUUGCUUUACUGGAGGCCGACCCGUGCUGUGACUGGGCCAUCCUGAACAUCAGAGAAUCUGACAGGGAAGAUGAUCAUCCUGUUUGUGUCAUCCUUCCAUCGUACCUCUCAGACACGCAUCAUCAGGUUCGCAUGCUGGUGGCCACGUCAGCAGAGAGGUUGUUCCUGGACCUGAGGCCACAGCAUCUUGACAAGAGGAGAAUGCUCUCUCUCAAACAUCAACAGGCUGCAUUUGAAAAUGUUUACCUGAAGGCUCAGGAGGGAAUGAGACUCCCAAGAAGAGUCUCUGCAGAGGAGAAGCCGGAUGAGUCUUAUAACUGCAAGGCCACGUUGUUGAAGAGUUUGUGCGUGGUGAUUUGUUGUAGCCCGGUGUGUGAGAAACAGUCGCUGUUUGCCAUGUUCCAGUCCUACAAGGAGAACAACAUUGAGGAGCAGUUCAUUAAAAGGAUGCUGGCCUGUGUGUCCAGAGAACUGGGCUACAGGAGUGUGAAAACCUUCAUCAGUUCCCACCUGUACUACCUGGUUUCAGAGUGGCUUGCACAGAGACAGUCUGACGAUAGAUACACACUUGGCUCUUUCCCCUUCACACUGCUGGACCUCCAGACUGUCAAAGAUUUCUACAGCUUUUCCUACCAGGUGCUGGUCCCUCACCUGGUCUUCCUGGAUGAUUUUGAGCAGGUGAAGUCUAUUGGCAGGUUCCUGGAGAAGGACUGGAAAGAGCUGCUGGCUGACUGCUUCCCCAAACUGAUGGUCAACAUCCUGCCCUACUUUGCCCUGCCUGGGCAGGACUCUCAGGUUACCCGGCAGAGAGAGACGGCCCACAGAGUGUACGAUCUGCUGAAGGACCCAGACUGUCUGGGCAAACAGCAAAUUGACUCUCUCAUCCACACCAACCUGGCCGACAUAGUGGUGGAGCUUCUGAUGACACUGUAUGAAGGAGGUGGGGAGGAGGAAGAGGAGGAGGAGGAGGAUGAUAAUGGAGGAGACCUGAAACGCUUCAUAGGUGAACUGGACCCAGUUCCAAACCCUCCGUACUUCAACUCUCAGGUCAUCACAGCUACUCUGGACUAUCUGAGCAAGUGUCACAGCACCAGCAACAAGUCACUGGUUACCAUCCUCUCCAAAACCCCAAUUUCUAUCCAGAGGAUCCUGCUGGCGGUGUGUGAGCGAGCAGCAGAGACGACCAACGACUACGAGCGUCAUCGUAUUCUCCUGAUGUAUCAUCUGUUCGUCAACCUGCUGCUCAAAGAGGUGAAGGACGGACUUGGAGGGGCCUGGGCCUUCGUCCUCAGAGACAUCAUCUACACACUCAUACACCAGAUCAACAGCAGGACACAGAUAUGCAAUGAGGUUUCUACCCGAAGCCUCUCUUUGUGCUGCGACCUGUUGACCUCUGUGUGUCAGGCUGCCUUGCAGUUCUGUGAUGACGCUCUAGACUGCCACCUACAGGUUAUUGUUGGAACUCUCACGGCUCAGGUUAAGAGGCAACCCUUAAUGUCACAGCGGGUGCUCCGUCUGUUGCACUUUCUAGUAAUGGAGAACCAACAGAAGCUAAGAGGCGCCAUCUGCAGGUUGGAGCCAUUUCCUGACCUUCCUGAGUUUCAAGAACUGCGAUUGGUUCAGAACAGACUCAAGUAUAACACAGGCACCUUCACACUGCAACAGGAGAUUGAACACUUCCUGUCAGUGUCCUCGUGUGACUCUUUACUUCUGACCCGACUUGAAGGACUUAAAGAGCUGACCAGACAACUGCAUGAUAAAAAGGGACAGAUCGGAGACCUGCUUAAAGCGUGUCAUGCUGAGCCCAGUGACAGUGUGCUGGUGAAGCUGGUCUUGAGUUUACUGCAGUUAUGUAAGCUGGCAGCCAACCACCCAGAUGGAGCAGAGAUACUGGAGGCGGCAGGCAGCUGUCUGGGAGAACUGGGUCCUGUGGACUUGUCCACCAUCGCCCUGCUGCACGGCAGAGACCCCCUCUUUGAGAAGGCCGUGUCUCUCUUCGACUCCACGGAGCUGCGGUGCGUCUUCAUCGUCCUCAACUGCAUGAACGAUGCUCUGAUCCAUCAACGUAUGGAGGUGAGACGGGCUGCAGCUCAGUGUGUGAAGAACAUCCUGGCAGCUCAGUGUGGACUGGACUUUUGGGAGCAGCACAAAAACAACAGAGACCCCCUGCUGGCGUACCUCAAUCCAUUCAGGAAGGCCAAGAGUCAGGUUACGGCUGUGAGUGCUCUGGAGAGUUCAGAGGCCAGGGAGAAGCUGAGGAGCCAGGAGUUUUGGAUUCCUCAGGAUGGAGGCCACAGAGCCUGGCUGAAGGCACUGUGCGCCGCCCUGCUGGAGAGUGGAGGCGUCAAGAGUGAGGCUCUUCUCCUUUCACAACCCCUCUGCCUGGUGAAGCUGGAUUGCUGUCAGAAGCUUCUGCCGCUCAUCGUGCACUCCAUCCUGUUGAACGACUCUGACGGCUCCCGGGGGGGUCUUUUUUCCCACGUCCAGGAGUUCUUCACUUUUUGUUGCAGAAGUUCUGCAGCUUCCAGUCACUCGGCCACACCUCUGAGCUCUGACCACGAGUCGGACACAGCCAGUGUGGGUCUGUAUGACAAGGCCUCUCUGAGAACCAUGUUGGCAGUUAUUGACUAUCUGAGGCACCAGCCCAGAUCACUGGCUUCUGAUAGUAAUUUGUGUGGAACCGUGUGCAACUCAAAUUUCUGGUUGGAACUGAAUUAUCUGGAAGUGGCCAAAGCUGCACAGUCCUGUGCUGCUCACUUCACCGCUCUGCUGUACGUCGAGAUCUACGUGGACAACAUCAAAGCUAACAUGGAGGAAAGUCGCAGAACCAAGUCCAGAGCAGCCUACAGACUGAACUUUGAAGACCACAGCCAGACCUUCACCAUCACCAGCCUGACGAAGAAGAGUGUGGAGGACGCUAACAUCAGUCUGCAGGAGCUUCUGAUUGAAGUCUACCGCAGCAUCGGAGAGCCUGACAGUCUGUACGGGUGUGGGGGGGAGACCAUGACCAGUUCACUCACCAGGAUACGAACCUAUGAGCAUGAGUCAAUGUGGGGCAGGGCCCUGACCUCCUACGACCUUCACUCUUCGUUGCCUGUGGCCACUAGACAAGUGGGGAUCGUAGAGGGUUUGCAAAACUUUGGUCUGAGCAGCAUCGUCACGACCUACAUGAGAGGCCUGGAGAGUGAGGGGGUUGAGUGGGGGGAGGAGUUAAGAGAACUGCGCUUCCAGGCGGCGUGGAGAAACACUCAGUGGGACUGUGAGCUGUCAGAGAGGAAUGAAAAAACCAAACCAGGUUUCCAUGAAUCAGUGUUUUGUUCCCUACAAGCACUGAGGGACAGAGAGUUUUCUGUAUUUGAGGGCACGCUCAAACAGGCCAGGAGGGCAGAGGUGGAGGAUUUGUGCAGAGGCAGUUUGGAGGCGGUGUCUUCUCUGUACCCAGCUCUGAGGAACCUGCAGAUCCUCAAGGAACUGGAGAGUACCAAACUGCUGUUUUCAAGAGCUUUCUCAGACGUUACACUGAGGGACAUUUGCAGCCAGUGGCGGCAGCACUCACUCCUAUUGGCUGACAGUGACUUCGCCUUAGUGGAGCCCAUUCUUUCAGCCCGCUUUGUGGCCCAGGACACUCUGAUGACCAGUGUGGGAAACGUGGAAAGCAGAGAGUGCAUCAGCUCUGUGCUCACAGAUCACCUCAUGGAACUGUGCCAGGCGGCCCGCAAGGCUGGCAAUACACAGAAAGCAGAAAGAGCAGUGUACCAGAUGAAACAGAAUGGUGGGGGGUCCCUGGCUUCUUUACCUGUGUCGUCAUGGCAACUGGAGGAGGCCCAAGUGUUUUGGGCGAAGGGGGAGCAGGGUCUGGCUUUAGGCCUCCUAAGACAGAUGAUACACGUCCUGGAAGAGGAAAAGGUGGAUUUCAAUCCUGCUCUGGCUCCAGUUUACACCGAGAGCCUCAGGCUGUGUGGUAAUUGGCUGGCUGAGACUUGCUUGGAAAGUCCUGGAGUCAUCCUGGAGAAGUAUCUGGAGAGGGCUGUGGAGGUGAUCCAGGAGGAGUUAGGAGUCCACGAUCCCGGCCUCCACACUCAACAGACUGAAGCCUUCCUCUCUCUGGCCCGCUUUUCUGAUGCCCAGUAUCAGAGCAUCGACAAUUACAUGAAGUCGUCCGAGUUUGAGAACAAGCAGGCGCUGCUGAAGAAAGCCAAGGAGGAGGUGGACCUGAUGGAGGAGCGAAAAGUCAACUCCAACAGGUACACAAUAAAAGUGAAGAAAGAACUGGACCUGGAUGAGAAAGCUCUCUCCAACCUCCACUCGGACCGACAGCGCUUCCUUUGUAAGGCGGUGGAGAACUACAUCCACUGUCUGGAGCAGGGCAGGGAACAUGACACCUGGGUUUUCAGACUCACCUCGCUGUGGUUGGAGAACGCUGGGGUCAGAUCAGUGGAUGACAUGAUGAAGAGAGGGGUGAAGCAGAUUCCCUCCUAUAAGUUUCUGCCCCUCAUGUAUCAGCUGGCAGCACGCAUGGGAACCAAGAUGGCAGCAGGUCCAGCUGGAGACGUUGGCUUCAGUGACGUACUGAAUGAUCUGAUCUGCAGAGUUUCUAUGGAACAUCCGCACCACACACUCUUCAUCAUCUUCGCUUUGGUAAAUGCCAACAAAGACGAAAACUUCAGCAGAAACUGUUCUGCACGAGGAGCUGUAAGACAGCAGUCACCGUUUGAUCUGGAGCGUUCAGACGUGGCCCAAAAGGUCAUCAGUGCGGUCAGGAAAAAGAGAGGCAGCAUGAUCCGAGGAAUCGAGCGUCUGUGCGACGCCUACAUCACUUUGGCGUACAUGGACGCCAAACGGCACAAAACUGAGAAAAAGGCGAUUCCCAUUCCUGCGGAUCAGCCCAUCAUGAAAAUCAGUGACCUGGAUGAGGUGGCCAUCCCUACAGUGGAGAUAAAGGUGGAGCCAAGUGGUUGCUAUGACAACGUCGUGACUGUCAGGUCCUUCAGGCCUCACUAUCACCUGGCGGGGGGAGUCAACCUGCCCAAGAUCAUCGACUGUUUGGGUUCUGACGGCAAGAGUAGGAGACAGCUGGUCAAGGGUCAGGACGACCUGCGUCAGGACGCGGUGAUGCAGCAGGUCUUCAGCAUGUGCUCCAUGUUGCUGCAGCGAAACGCAGACACCCGUAAGAGGAAGCUCAACAUCAGACGAUACAAGGUGGUGCCGUUCUCACAGCGCAGCGGCGUCUUAGAGUGGUGCUCUGGUACCGUUCCCAUCGGGGAGUUCCUGGUGGAACCCAAUAAAGGAGCUCACAAACGCUUUAGACCUCAAGACUGGACCAACAUGGCCUGCCGCAAGAAGAUGAUGGAGGCUCAACGACUGGGCUUUGAUGGGAAGCUGCAGAGUUACGCUGAGGUUUGUAAGAACUUCAGGCCAGUGUUUAGGUAUUUCUGCAUGGAACGAUUCCUGGAUCCGGCCGUGUGGAUGGAGAAACGACUGGCCUACACCCGCAGUGUGGCAACGUCUUCUAUAGUGGGAUAUAUUUUAGGUCUGGGGGACCGACAUAUCCAGAACAUCUUGAUUGAUGAGCAGACCGCUGAACUGGUGCACAUCGAUUUAGGCGUGGCCUUUGAACAAGGGAAGAUCCUCCCCACACCAGAGACCGUGCCCUUCAGACUCUCCAGAGACAUAGUGGAUGGGAUGGGCAUCACAGGGGUGGAGGGGGUGUUCAGGAGGUGUUGUGAAAAGACCAUGGAGGUGAUGAGAAGCUCACAGGAAGCUCUGCUGACCAUCGUCGAGGUGCUGCUGUACGACCCCCUCUUUGAUUGGACCAUGAACCCCCUGAAGGCCUUCUACCUGCAGCACGACGAGCAGCAGGAGCUCAACGCAACACUGAGCUCCACUAUGGGGGGAGAUAACAUGGUCAACCAGCGUCAGUGCGGCGACAGUCAGAGCUUCAACAAGGUGGCAGAGCGGGUGCUGCUGCGGCUCCAGGAGAAGCUGAAGGGGGUGGAGGAGGGCACGGUGCUCAGUGUGGGGGGGCAGGUCAACCUGCUCAUCCAACAAGCCAUGGACCCCAAGAACCUCAGCAGACUCUUCCCAGGGUGGCAGGCCUGGGUCUAGACCUGAGAGUCUGUCUCUGCAGAAUCAAAUCACGAUUCCUCCCCGACAGUUGGGGGCGCUGCUGUGCCGAUGCCAUGGAGGAGACCGACACCUUUUCUGAUCGCCUUUUUAAAAUAAAGACUGUUCAUUUUAUUUCAUUUGCACCGGACGGUACAAACUUUGCACUUUAAUCUCAUAAAACUAGCUGUGUAGCUUUUAUACCAGUAUCGUGAAUGUGCUCCGAUAAUAAAGAUGGACCAGAAAAGUCCAACUCGACCAAACUCAUCUCAAAGACACUUGAGUCCUUUAAACCCUUGAAUUACCUGCAGUUUUCUGAUUUUUUUUUC